ACAAAAAAAAAAAACACUUGCUAAAUUUACCAGAUUUUAGAAAUUUAGCCAAAUAAGCAAUUAUGUUAGCCGGUGGGUCAACUAACUAAAUCAAAUCCCAAAUUAACGGUUUCCUUAUAUAAUUGUUUUUCAAAAUAGAAAGAAAAUAAGAAAGAAACUAUUUUUUUCCUUUUGUAUAAAUAGCAGGCCUUUGACACCUCUCAUAUCACACCAUUGAAAGGUCCAAAUUUUCUCUCUUGACUUUUUGUAUCAAACCAUUUUUUUUCUUCAAAAACCUCUCAAGUUUCUUCUCAUCAUCAUGUCUCAGACUGUUGUUCUCAAGGUUGGCAUGUCAUGCCAAGGCUGUGUCGGGGCUGUAAAGAGGGUGUUGGGGAAAAUGGAAGGUGUAGAAAACUUUGACAUUGAUCUGAAGGAGCAAAAAGUGACUGUAAAGGGCAAUGUUCAACCAGAAGCUGUUCUCCAGACCGUCUCAAAGACUGGAAAACCAACAUCUUUCUGGGAAGCAGGGGAACGGGCUCAAACAGAAGAAAAGCCUGCAGAAGCUGUUGGUACAGCUUGAUGGUGUCUAAUGGCCUGGAAUUGUAUGUUAAGGCUUGAGCUUUAUACGACUUUAUCAAGAUUUCCUGUGUGUAAUAUGAGGCUUUAACAGUUUUAAUCUAAAAUUGCAAUAAGCUCUUGAGCAUUUGGUGUUGUUUUCUUUGAUAUAGAUAGCAAGUGCAUGUUAAACAUCUGAGAAAACCAAAUGUAGGUGUUUGUAAGAGAAAUCGAAGGAUAAACAGGGUGAUCUUAUCGAUGACUGUAAUUGGGUGUUUGAAUCUGUUAAGCAAUUUGAGAAAACAAAUU